CCCUGUCUACCCAUUUGUUGUGAGCUACAGUAUGUAUAAAUCUCCGUACCCCUCGCUCUCUUAGGAGUAUCAAUCGGUGUGGUGUCAAUCACAGCGGCGGCUCCCCUUUCAUCUCGAUCCUCCCAGUCGCUGCGAGAGAGAAGGCAGAGAGAGGAGACAGAGGACGGGAAAGGAGAGCUACAUUACUUACGGAGCGGUGCUCCAGUUUGAAAGUCGGUCCACAGCGUAUCGGUUUAUAACGCACUCCUCGAUCUUUUAUAUAGUUUAUUACUUUUAAUUUAGCCGUUAUUCAGUUCAAGGAUGUAUGUUCAUUUUAAUAGGGAUAGAUACGCAGUAUUGUUUAAGUGGGGAAAAUAAAUCGUGUUCUACUUGUGGCAAACAGGCUGCACGAGAUUCAGAGACGCAUUUUUUAAAUGAUAUUUUUCCUUAUUUUUUCUUCACGAAAGGACUGCAACUCUCACAGGACCCCAGAGCGAGGAAAUAUAAGCAGAGGUUUUUUUCUACAUGCACUUUGACCGUUAGCGGAGCUCCCGGGUGUGUGCCCUCCUCUGCCAAAUCUGACGGCACAUCUGACUCUCGUGAUGAGGUUUUGACUUCUGACAUUUUAAAGAGCCGAGCUGGCGAGUGCCGCGGGUUGAGCGUGCACUACACAUCCGCUUUUGCCGAUAACAUCUUCAAUUUCGAAUAUUUAGAAUCUGAAUCAUUGUAAGAAUCCACAAUACUUUGAAAAACAACGACAAAAAAGGAUCUCCUGUUAAUUUAGCUAAAACAAAAAACGUGAUCGCACGCAGUUUCCUCCAGGGUUCCGAGCGCAACACUUCAAGCCGCUUCAAGGAACAUUUUUGGUUUCCUUUUGGGGAUUUCGAUAGUUCCUCCAAUUUGGACAGUGCGAGUACUUCGACUGAAUCAAAAUGCCCCAACUAGCAGGUGGUGGUGGCGGCGGGGACCCUGAGCUUUGUGCCACCGACGAAAUGAUUCCGUUCAAGGAUGAGGGAGACCAAGAACAAAUAUUCGCAGAACUCAGUCACUCAGAGGAAGACGAGGGAGACUUGGCAGAUAUCAAGUCAUCUUUAGUACAUGAGUCAGAGACGAGUCCAAACAGCAAUCAUGAUGGAACUAGACAAUCCCAAAUAUCCCAAGACUCAUAUCAUGAAAAACACAGAGACCAUCACGAUGAUGGGAAACACCUAGACAUGUACAACAAAGGUCAUCCGUACUCUGGAUACCCAGGUUACAUCAUGAUGACUAAUAUGAACAACGACUCCUACAUGAACAACGGCUCCCUGUCGCCGCCCAUGCCCAGAACGGUGAGUCCAGUUUCACUAUACCUCCAUCAAUCAAUCACUUCCACCCAUCUGUCAAGUUUGUGCAUUUUCACUGCGUCAAGUUUGAUUCGAUCUUAAAUACUUAACCAGGUCUAAACCCCUAAAAAAGAGCUUAACCUGGGAUUUAUUUUCAAAUAUACCUGUAUAUGAACAUUUCCAUUAAUCUUUUCUAACAUCGUUUCAACUCUAGAAUGUUCUUUGCCUCUCUUCGACCGCCUUCCUAGUGUGAUGUAGCCGGUUUGUGAUAGCCGUAUAUAACAUGCCCCUGUAAUGUUGUGAUGAUCUGUCCCCUUGGCAACCACGUGAUCUAGUCUCCCCCACAUGCCUCUCAUACUUUCCAGCAGAUGAACGACAUGUAUAUGAUGUAUGAUUUCUCGCGUCUUGUUAACUGAAUCAAUGUCUGUUUACAUAUGGACAGUAAGCCCAGCGGUUACGCUGACAUGGUCGCGGAGGCCUAACGGCAACAUCCCAUCUGAAGAGGGAGUUUGCGGAAAUAGCCAGGGUUGCCGUAUGUCACCAUGCUUGUAGUCCCUAUAACAUAACAGUAUUAAUUUCAGGCUGUAGGCCUGGUGGCUGGCUUCCUGUGUCUGUCUCUUUUUGAACAUUAGCAGCAAGACAGACGCAAAACGCCAGGGCAUGCCAGCAGCUGUCCACCCUAAUCCUGUUU